CAACUAUUCUGCUGUUACAUUGAUACCCUGACAGUGGUAGUGAUGUUAGCUUGUUUUCCUUGACACUUCUAGCUCAUCCCUUUGCAUUGGUUAUUGCCACCAAGCCUGUAAGGAACCAUGGCCGAGCAGGCCCCGGGAUCUCAACCUGACGGGGCGCUCCAGCAGCGAGUAGCCAUCCUGGAGCAGGAGAGAGCUGAGUUGAUCAGGGUCAAGGAGAAGAUGGAGGCGGAGUUCAACCAUAAGCGAGCCAAGAUUAAGGAACUCUACCUUUCCAAGGAGGAGGAGUUGCAGAGGCAGAGGGCCUCCCUAGACGGGGCCCAGGCGGACCGGAGCGCCCUGCAGGUCCAGCUGGCCCAGGCGCAGGCCGACAUGGAGAACAUCAAGGCGGUGGCCACCGUGUCGGAGAGCACCAAGCAGGAGGCCAUCGACCAGGUCCGCAGCCAGUGGCAGGAGGAGGUGGCCUCGCUGCAGGCCAUCAUGAAAGAUACGGUGUCUGAGUACGAGGAGCAGUUCCACCAGCGUCUGGACCAGGAGCGGGCCCAGUGGAACCAGUACCGCGAGGCGGUGGAGCGCGAGCUGGCGGAGCUGCGCAGGAGGCUCACUGAGGGUCAGGAGGAGGAGAACCUGGAGGAUGACAUGAAGAGAGCCCAGGAGGAUGCAGAGAAACUGCGCUCGGUGGUGAUGCCAAUGGAGAAGGAGAUCGCUGCUCUCAAAGCCAGGCUAGCCACCUCGGAUGAAAGGGUGAAGGAGCUGGAGGCGUCCAAGGUGAAAGAGCUCAACCACGUUCUGGAGGCGGAAAAGUCGUGUCGCACGGACCUGGAGAUGUAUGUGGCCGUCCUCAACACUCAGAAGUCAGUGCUGCAGGAAGACGCUGAGAAACUACGCAAGGAGCUCCACGAAGUGUGUCACAAGCUGGAGCUGGAGCGGCAGCAGCACAACCAGCUGAAGCACACGUGGCAGCGGGCCAACGACCAGUUCCUGGAGUCCCAGCGGCUGCUGAUGAGGGACAUGCAGCGCAUCGAGAGCGUGCUCUCCUCCGAGCAGCUCCGCCAGGUGGAGGAGACGAAGAAGAAGGACCAGGAGGAGGAUGAGAUGGAACGUCUGAGCCAGGCACAGGACCACCAGGAUGAUGAGGGUGGGGACAACACAGAACCUCUGGACGACAUGAGCCUGGGCCAGAGCCACGAAAAGUACCAAUCCAACCACAGCACUCACGGCUCCAUGCACUCACUGGACACUGAAGUGGUGACCAGUGCUCCCUCCGACCCCUACUGGGACAGCCUGCGGCGGGUCCAGUCCACAGACAGCCUGGGCUCCUCUCUGGGGGCCCCGCAGGGCCUCGGGGCCUACAACCACAAGGCCAAGUCGGCCAGCCACCUGGACUCUGAGUCGGACUUCGGGCCCCUGGUGGGCGCCGACUGCGGGGCCUCGGACGGCUUCAGCGACGCCCUGUCGGUCAGCUCCAUGAAGCUGACGUCCAGCCACUUCCUGCUCACCAAGGACCAGGAGAAGGCCAUCAAGGCCAUGACCCCCGAGCAGGAGGAGACGGCCUCGCUGCUGUCCAGCAUCUCCCACGCCCCGGACACCGCCUUCCUGCCCCCCUCCGGGUACCGGCUGGUCAGCGACAGCGAGUGGAACCUGCUCCAGCAAGAGGUGAAGAACGCCGGCAGGAAGCUGGGCCGGCGCUGCGACAUGUGCUCCAACUACGAGAAGCAGCUGCAGGUCAUCCAGGGGCAGGAGGCGGAGACCCGGGACCAGGUGAAAAAGCUGCAGAUGAUGCUGCGCCAGGCCAACGACCAGCUGGAGAGAACCAUGGCUGAGAAACAGGAGCUGGAGGAGUCUGUGAAGCUGGUCAACGAGGAGUUCACAGCCAAGGUGUCGGCCCUGGUGCAGAGAGUGCAGGAGUCUGAGGCGCUGCUUGCUGCUCUCCAACAGGCCUUCGGCCAGGCCAAGAGGAACACGCAGGAACAGAUGGCGGUGCUGAUGCAGUCCAGGGAGCAGGUGGCGGAGGAGCUGAGCCGCCUGCAGAGGGACAACGACAGCCUGAAGGGGAAGCACCGGCUGCACUCUGAGCUGCAGCAGGAGGAGGGCUUCCUGAUGCCCGGCACUGUGCAGGAGCUCCAGCCCCUGGUGGCGCAGUUGCGGGAGGCGGUGGUGACGGAGCGCACGGCCUCGGACCACCUGGAGGAGCGGCUGAUGGCGGAGGUGCUGUUCCUAAAGGAGCAGAUCCAGGCGGAGCAGUGCAUGAAGGAGAACCUGGAGGAGACGCUGCAGCUGGAGAUCGAGGGCUGCAAGGAGGAGAUCGCAUCCUGCUCCAGCCUGAAGACGGAGUUGGAGCGAGUCAAGAGGGAGCGUGAGGAGCUCCAGCGCAGUCUGGCAGAGAAGAGUCAGAGCCUGGAGCGCCUGCAGUCACGCAGCUCCAGCCUGGACGACCAGCUCAGGGAGCUCACCAGCACCAGGAGCUCCAUGGAGAACCAGAUGCUGGAUGAGAGGGACAAGGCCCAGCGUCUGCAGACGGAGCUGGACGUCAGUGAGGCGGUGCAGAAGGACUUUGUCAAGCUGUCCCAGAACCUCCAGAUGCAGAUGGAGCGGAUAAGGCAGGCGGACUGCUUGGACCGCAUCAAAGUUAUUCUUAAUGACACCAACUUGACUGACAUCAACCAACUCCCAGACACAUGAUGCCGUUGAUUGGCCUCAAA